GCAGCGGAGAUCGUCUGGUGGAACAUUACAUACAUCAUGAAGACCAGGAUUAAUAAAAACUUUUGGAGGAAUCGCUGGAAUGCAGUAACGCCUAUCGCAAGUCCAGUAGACACGGUGAAUCUUACCACAGCGAUGGACAACUUGCAUAUUGAAAGUGCACACAAUAACUUCUUCUUUGGCUCCGGAUUGAUGAAUGCGCAGGAGUGCUGGAAAUGCUUUUGGAAAGGGAAAACUUGCAAAGAAGGUUCAAAGAAGAAAGAAAUUUUGGCUUGCAUAAAAUUAUCCGGUGUGAAUGCGAAGAAACUUUGUUGUGACGAGAAGUUUUCUUGUUUUGUAACAGUUGAUCAUCCCGGACACAUUCAUAUCAUGAAUUUAAUGCACGCAAACACGUAGCAUCUCAUCCAAGGAGGUUUCAUAUUUUUAUGGACCACUUUACAGUGUUGAAGAAAA